AAAAUUGACAAAGGGUGCCGGUACCGGGUUAUGUGUAAUGUUACCGAAUACGGUAUCGGCCUACUUUUGAAGUUCCUGGGUUCCUUGCCCCAGGGCUCCUAUCUUAGUGUGUAGGCUCCACGGCUAAACUCGGGUCCAGUUGAGAUUAUUUUACUAGCCUAAUUUUCAAUGCCCUUGCAGAAACAGAUAAAGAGUGGAUCCAAUGACAGUCCAACACCCAGGCUUCCCAUUCCCCUCUCACCAUGACGGAUACCGAACAAGGACACCCUCCAGUCCGUGCAGCGCUCCAGGACUAUGAGCGCGACCCAGGUAACAAGCCCCCCUACGUGCUCACUUUUGCCGAAGUAAAGCUACUGGGUAUCGCCGGUGUCGGAUUCUUCCUCGACGCUUAUGAUCUGUUCAUUAUCAACCCCGUCUCCACCAUGCUUCAAUACAGACUUUACGGAGGUAAAAGUCUUCCAAACAACCUCCAGGGUGUCUUGAAGGCAUCAGCCAACAUUGGAAGUGUCAUUGGUCAAUUCAGUUUCGGUUACAUGGCGGACGCUCUCGGCCGUAAAGCUAUUUAUGGAAAAGAACUCAUGCUCAUCAUCUUUGCAACGAUUAUGUGCAUUUCAUGUCCAACGAACGACCUAUCCCCUGACAGUUGCUUGAUAUGGCUCACUAUUUUCCGAGUCAUACUCGGUAUCGGAGUCGGUGGCGACUAUCCCAUGUCCGCUUCGGUCACCAGUGAUCGGGCUGUGAUCCGCAAACGAGGUACCCUUCUUGCAUACAUAUUUGCCAACCAGGGAUGGGGAAGUCUUGUCGGCAGCUUGGCCACCAUAAUCGUUCUUGCUUGUUACAAGCAUGUCAUGAAUGAUGAAGGCGAAACGUCCAAGGUCGAUGGGGUAUGGAGAAUCGUCAUCGGCCUCUCAUUGAUUCCCGCCUUCGGAACAUUAUACCAACGUCUGACCCUUCCCGAAGCUGAGCGUUACAAGAAAGCCAAAAAUGCUACUGUAUUCGAGAUAGACGAUGUCAAGGAACUCAAAGAGGGUGUCAAGGUGUCUAGUCUUACCGAAACCGUCGAAGAAAUCCCUGAGGAUAUCCAACGGAAAGCCCACUUCGGGGAGUUCAUAGAGUACUUCUCCGAAUGGCGACAUGCCAAGAUCCUGAUCGGUACUUGUACCUGCUGGUUCCUGCUCGAUAUCGCUUUCUACGGUAUCAACCUGAACCAGAACGUCGUACUCGAGUCGAUCGGAUAUGACGGCAAGACUGGGACGGAUUGGGAAAAGCUAUUCAAGAUUUCUACUGGCAACAUCAUUAUCACUGCUCUUGGAUUCGUGCCUGGUUACUAUGUCACUGUCUUGACGAUCGAGAAGCUCGGCCGGAAGGUUAUUCAAAUUCAAGGCUUCCUCAUGACUGCCCUUUUCUUGGGCAUCCUUGCUGGCAAGUUCACAAGCUUGGACAAUGCUUCGUUCAUAGUCUGCUUUGCAUUCCUUCAGUUCUUCUUCAACUUUGGGCCUAAUGCCACGACAUAUUGUUACCCGGCAGAAGUAUUCCCCACCAAAUACCGUGCUACCGCACACGGUAUAUCUGCAGCAUGUGGAAAAGCUGGCGCCAUUAUCUCCGCUCUCGUGUUCAAUACUCUCACAUCGUCGAUCGGAACGCCCGCCGUGCUUUGGAUUUUCUUUGGAUGCUGCCUUGUUGGAUCUGUGCGACUUGCUAAUACCACUGACUUUAAAGUCUUCACACUCCUACUCCCCGAGGUCGCCGGGCGCGAUCCGGAUGCCAUCCUUGCCGAAGAGAUCAGAGAAAAGCGACUGCAUCAAAGGCGCUGA